CCACUUCUUCAACGCGCCGCUUUGACCCGGAGUUGUGGAAUCUCGUACCGUCUUCACUGCAAUGCCUGCUCGAAGUGCUACUCCUGUGCCAAACCUGCGACAGAGCUACUUGCCCCAGCCAGCGCAGCACGUCCCCUGCUAUCAUGCUCAGAAGCUCAAGCAGCAAAUGCAAGUAAAGCAAGCGCAGCAAGUGCAGCAAGCGCAGCAAGCUAUUCGGGUGAUGGAGCCAUUCCGUAAAGUCAAUGGUGAGUGGGUGGACUAUUGGAGCGAGUACCAUCAGUGCUGGAUUCCAGCUUGCAUUCUGGAUGUGGAUCCCGAGUCAGGCGGCAUUGUCUUGGAUGUGAAGCCAGGAACAGCCCUCCGACUUCAUGACCAAUGGAGGGUUCGCCCUCGAAGGAUGCCAACGCCUGACCAGGUGUCAGCUGUUCACAAAAUGCUUGCGAACGUUGAAUUGGAAGCCCAAGCCGAGAGGUUUUUCCAUGAAAUCGGACGGGUCAAGACGGAUGUCAUUCAACGUGGAGAAGAAGUCACCUCCUUGGGGGAGAAGGUGAACCACUUUGUGGGCCUACUGGGAUGCCAAGUACAUUUGAAGGUCAAGUUUCAAGCCCAGAACUAUUUGACGUUUGAAGAUUUCCGUGGCCUUUUUUGGGACAUCGCACACCUUCAGCAAGACAUGUCUGUACAGGCCUUGCAGAAAGAUGUGGCCGAGACUGCAAUUUCUGGAACACCGACGACAAGAUACGAGAUUUGUGAGACACUGGGCAAGGGAACUUAUGGUGAAGUUGUGAAGGCAAAGGACAAGCGGACCAGGCAAGUGCGCGCCAUCAAAAUCAUCAACAAAGAGAAGGUCCACGGAGAUAUGGAAUUUCUGAAGCAAGAGAUCCAGAACCUUAUCCAGCUUGAUCAUCCCCAUGUGCUCAAGCUUCUGGAAUUCUACAACAGUCACGACCAAGUUUUCCUCGUCACAGAUCAUUGCUCCCGCGGCGAAUUGCACAAGCACAUUAGUGAUGCCCGAGAGUCACGGAAGCGCAUCCCGGAGGUGUGGAUUGCCCACGUGAUGCAGCAGGUCUUGUCAGCUAUUACUCAUAUCCAUGCCAACGGGAUUAUCCAUUUGGACAUCAAGUCGCAGAACAUCAUGCUUAUGCCUGCCUUGGAGACAAAAGCGCAGUUUCUGCAAGCCGAGCACAGUCAGGAUGUAAGCUCCAACAACAUUUUCAAAGAGAUUCCUCAUGUGAUGGUCAUCGAUUUGGGCGUGGCCACAAUUUUUCAGCCUGGAAAUUUCAAGCGUGGCAAUCCCAUGGGCACACCAGCCACUAUGGCGCCUGAAGUGUGGCGUGGAGAAAUCACGCCGAAGGCAGAUGUCUUCAGCUGUGGGUGUGUGCUCUUUGAGAUGCUCAGCUUCCAAAUGCCAUGGGACUUCAAGUACCGUGGCAGCAAGCAAGAGGCGAAAGCCUUUUGGGAUGCCAAGCCACGGCCACGCAUGGAACGGAUACUGCAUGCGCCUUCUGAUGCGACAGCAAUGGUGCUCAAGAUGCUUGAGCAGGAUCGGCCGACCCGCUUGACUGCAGCUGAUACUUUGAGAGAGCCUUUUGUCCAGCGUGCUUCCACUGCCAUUCCGGUGACGCAGAUGGAGAAAGGGUUGAAAUUGGUCAACCGGUUGGUCACGACGUGCGAGCGGGAUGCAUUCUACAAGCUCAUAUGCCUGAAGAUAGCACAGGAGUGGCCUCCAAACGAAAUGCCUUCCUUCAAGGGUGUUUUCAAAGAGUUUGAUGACGAAGGCACAGGAAUGUUGCAGGAGUCUAUCUUGGUCCGGAAGUUUGUCAGCUGUGGUUAUGACGAGCAACAAGCCAAGCGCGCUGCAGCUGCCAUGAAUUUGAGCCAGAAUAAAAAUGCAGUGGACUGGACCGAGUUUGUAGCGGCUUGCAUAGACUUGGGUAACCCAAAGAUUGAGCCCUGCAUUCAAAUGAUCUUCCACAAUGCGGACAAGGACACUGAUGGACUUCUAUCUCUCCAAGAUGUUCGAUCUCUGCUUCCGGAGGGCCAUCGCAAUGCCAAAGAGGCUGCGCAAGCCAUUUUCUUGCAAAUUACUGGUCGAGCGUCAGAGACGGGAGGUGAGCGAAUGGACUGGCACUCGUUCAUUACUCAUCUUCGGAGGCAAGCCCGAUCUGGCAUGCCAGAUGAGCCAUCUCCAGUGGAGGAGAUUCGCUACGAGGCUCCGCGAACGCCAGACAUCUUGGCCAACGUCACGGACGCUUUGCGAGCGACGGCCGAUGAAUGGAUUAGCAGCCUGAACAGUGUCGGGCAAAAUUGGUUUGGGAAGGCAGACCUGCAAGAAGCACACAGAACACAAAGCAAAGGGGAUGAUCGUGUUCUGCAGUCAUUGAAGGAAAUGGGCUAUGGAGAAGACGCCAUCAACGCAAAGGUUCUCCAAUGGUGCAGGCAGUACAGUCUGGCAGACUUGCAACAAGAUGAUCGCUUCUACAUUGAACUUGACAAGCAGUAUGCCAAACAUAGGGCUGCGCUUGAUGCAAAAGAUGCAAAAGCAGCUGCAGCGGGAGGAUAUCCGAUGAAAGGCCCUGUGGGGGCAUGAAUGAUCAGCGGCAGAAGUGAAAGAGGUGUACAUUUGCUUGCGAACAUGCACGUAAUUCAAGCCCAUUGACCUUCUGGUUGCGCAGGGGGAGCCAAUCCUCUCUUUCCCUGCUCAUUGGAAGUAAAAUUGUUUAUCCCUUUGGGAGGACAUGAAUUCGGUCACAAAGAUAAGAGUCCUGCACAGCCCUAGUGCAGUGCUUACUUCAGUGCAUCUCGUUGGAUUGCAUUUCCAAGAAAUGCAAGUACGAAGAAUGGCUGGCUUUGCUCUUUCAGUACUCAAUAAUGACAAGCUCC